AUUUUAACAGUGGCCCAGACGUUGCUAAAAUUGAAAAUGAUGCUGACAAAAACAAGGAAGGAUGUUCUGAAUUGAAGAGCAGUUUCAAAACUGAUUCAUUGGGAAAUGGACACCAAUCAUCAAAAGAAGACCCCGUUAAGUCUUCUCAGGUAUCUUUUGCACUAACUCAACAACAAAAAGGCGAUGUAGCAGACAAUCUAAAAUGUGGAUAUGGUCCUUGUGAGCCAGACUGUUUUAAAUCAUGUACUGGAGUCGUCUGUUAUAUGGUAUGCUACUGUUUAGUAGGUCUUUCUAUAUCUAUGUGUUCCAAUGGAUUUCUUUCAACAGGAAUUUCAACAAUAGAGAAACGAUUUGAAUUAUCCAGCUCUUGGUCAUCAUGGAUCGCUGCAUCUUACGAUAUAGCAUCAGUGCCAGGACUUAUCAUCGUAUCAUACUGGGGAGCAGUUGGUCAUAGAACAAGAUGGAUGGCAGUCGGGUCAACUCUUGCUGGAAUAGGUUCAAUACUGUUUGUUUUGCC